AUGUUUGUAGUGAGAUUUUGGAGAUAUAGUGUCACUCUGUUUUCCUACAAAAUAGCGAUGUCAAAUGAUCAACAGAAACUCGUUGAAAAUGAAAUUUCUCCAUCUUCCUAUAAUGAUAUGUUAUCACAAAACUCUGAAAUCGAUCGAACUGUCCAUGUGGCUUGGUCUCCAGCUAAUCAACAACCAAUAUAUCUUGUGGCUGGUACAGCUGCUCAACAACUCGAUGCAUCAUUCAGUACAAAUUCCACGUUAGAAUUAUUUCAAUUAAAUAUGGCUGAUAGAAGUACAGCAAUGACACCACUUUCAUCAAUCAAAACGGAUCAUAGAUUCAAAAAAUUGGUUUGGACCCAUUUUCCAUCGUCUGAAAAUCUUUUAAUUUGUGCCACUGAAAAAGGUUCUAUUUAUCUUGUUGAUCCUUUUUCUCAUGAUGAUUCGGCAAUAAAAUCAAAACUAGAUCAACAUAGUGGUAGUGUGAAUACAAUUGAUGUAAAUCCUAUUGAAAAAAAUUUAUUUGCAUCUGGUUCAUCUGAUUCUGAAUUGAUGAUUUGGGAUUUAAAUGAUUUAUCUAAACCAAUGAUACCGGGAGGUUCAAAUAGAGAUAAACAACAACGAGACGAUGUUGAAUGUGUGGGUUGGAAUAAACAAAAACCACAAAUAUUAGGAAGCACACUAGGAGGAAAAUGUUUAAUAUGGGAUUUACGUUCAGCAGAGCCAAUAUUUAAAAUAUCCGAUUCAACUUAUCGUAUGAGAUCAAAAUAUUUAGUAUGGCAUCCAGAGAUUACUAGUCAAUUGUGUCUAGCAUCAGAAGAAGAUUCAUCCGCUAUUCAGUUGUGGGAUUUACGAUAUGGUGCAUCUCCGAUGAAAUUAUUAAGUGGACAUAGUAGAGGUGUACUUGAUUUACAAUGGUGUCCAAAUGAUGGUAAUUUAUUGAUGAGUAGUGGAAAGGAUAAUAAAAUUUUGUGUUGGAAUCCGAAUGAUUUGGGUGUGAUGUCUGAAAUUGUCUAUGAAAUUCCGUGUAGUCAUUGGUGUUUCGAUGUUAAAUGGUGUCUAGCUGAUCCAAAUUUAAUUUCUGCGGCAUCAUUCGAUGGUACAUUAAGUAUCUAUACAAUUAUGGGUGGAUCAUGUCAAAUAUCACGACCGGCUAAUAAUCAAUUAUUCACACAGGCCUUUGGUAAUGGAACACAGGGAAAUUUUCUAGAUCAUGAACUUUUUGGAGGUGGUCCAUUAACGGGUCAACAACCUCAACCACAAACUCUACUUCCAACGGUUCAAAAUGUGGCACCCAUUAAAUAUGCUCCCAAAUGGAUGAGAAGACAAGCAAGAGUUACAUUUGCGUUUGGUGGAAAACUUAUUGUUGUUCAAUCUACUGUAGCAAAUGCAUCUUCAUCUUCUGCAAAUGUUGUUGAUGGUACAAUACCCUCAACUACUCAACCACCACCUCGUCGAUUAGUCGUUAUUUCUCAAGUAACUGUUGAUAAACAAUUUAUUCAGAGUGUUCAAACAUUUGAUAAAGUAUUGCAAACGGGAACAUUAAUAGAAUAUUGUGACCAUAAAAUUUCAACAAGUCGCGCAAGUGAUGAAUUAAUUCUGUGGCGUUUUAUUCGUGGUAGUUUUGAACGAGAACAAAAAAGAACAUAUAUUGAAUUAUUAGGAUUUAAGCAAGAUGAGUUAGUUAAUCGAGUAAACAAUUUAAUGACUAAAACAGUAAAAGUAAAUGAUGAUCUACAUGAUACAAUGCAUAAUUUACAAUUAAAUAAUAACAUCAGUGGAAAAACCACACCUACUAUUGAUAUACAACAAGCACAUGGAAGAAGUACGCCUGCUAUGGGAGCUAAUAUUGAAGUGGAAGCGGUCUUAAGCCGAUGUAUUAUGACUGGAAAUUUUGAAUCAGCUGUUGAUUUAUGUUUUCAUGAACAACGUUAUACAGACGCAAUAUUAUUGGCAAAUUUAGGAGGACAAGAUCUUCUUUAUAAAACUCAAAAGCGAUAUUUUACAAAAGUUCAUUCAUACACAACAAAAUUAAUUGACAUUGUUCUCCAUCAAGAUUAUAAACGUUUGAUUCAAACAAAUAACAUUAGUAAUUGGCGUGAAAUUUUAGUAGCACUUUUGACAUAUACGAGUGACGAUACAUUUGUACAAUUAUGUGAAGAAUUAGCAUUAAAAUUAGGUCAAGAGCCAACGCUAAAAUCGUAUGCAUGUAUCUGUUAUAUAAUAAUGGGAAAUUUAGAAAAAUUUGAUCAAUGUUAUUCGUUGAGUCAUCAUUUUGAUGAAAAUGAUUCGAAACAAUUAGAAAUUUUAAUUGAAAAAAUUUUUAUUCUUAAACGUUCUCUUGAAUAUUCACAACCAGUACAAGCUCUUGAUGGUUUAAGUGGACCAUCGAUCAGUAAACAUUUAGUAAAAUAUGCACAAUUAUUAGCCAAUGAAGGUUAUACACAAGCAGCAUUAAAGUAUCUAGGAAAUUUGCAAACGCCUGAAUUGCUUGUGUUACGUGAUCGUCUUUAUCAUGGAUUACCAUUGGAUAAACAAGUUGGAAUUCCAAAACCUCCAUGUCCAUAUAGGAAAAUUGAUGUUCUUUCAACUGCACAACAACAGAAAGUACAAACAACUAAACGUGAAUCUGUCGAUAUUCCACGUACUACACGCCCGUUUGACCAAUAUUCAGUUUCAAAACAACAUAUGUCAAACGUUUCUCCAUCUGUUGGGUAUACUAAUUAUCAACCACCUCUUGUUACUCCUCUUUCUCAGACAAUGAAUUAUGUACCAUCAAAUAGUAAUCCUGCUCCGACUCCCGGAAAUUUUAAUUUUUUCAAACCACCUGAUCAACCGGCACAACCUGUUUAUUCUGUAACACAGGCUCCUCCAACAAACGCUAAUUGGCCACCACAACAACCAACAAACGAAGCAAAUAUGAGACAAACAUCAAAUAUUAAAUAUCCAACCCCACCAUCAAUACCAACCUAUCAGCCUUAUCAACCACCAGCAACUAUACCAACACUGACGCCAAUGGGUACAAAUAACAGUGUUUCUAAUCAUCCAAUCGAGCCACCACCGGUAGUUUAUCAUCCACCAUCAGUUCCAUGGAACGAUCCGCCAAAUGUGAUGAUGAAACAAAAAGCUGUUCAACCAAAAGCUCAACAUCCUAUGGCACCCGAAGCUAUUAUGCAACCUUUGCCCGGAUCAAUAAAUCCAUAUCAACCUCAAGAAUAUCCGUUUAAUUUUAGCAAUCAGCAACAACAACAGCCUCCACACCAUUUAACUAAUUAUUCUCAACAUGGAACAAUACCACCGAAUUCCUACCCACAAUCAGUACAACCGGAUCCAGUUAAUUCUACUCCUGCGCAACCACCUCCACCACCCGCACCUAUUGUGAAAGCUCAAUUACCCAGUGAACAUCAAAUAAUUCAAGAUAUAUUCGAUAUACUUGUUCAACAAUGUCUUCAGGCAACACAACAAUUACCGUUAAAACGAAAAUUAGACGAUGUUAACAAAAAAUUACAAAUAUUAUACGAUAAAUUGAGAGAAAAUAGAGUAUCUCCAACCGUUUUGUCUGGCAUACAUCAAAUUAUUGCUUAUAUUCGUCAACGUGAUUAUCACUCGUGUUUGACUAUUUACACACAAAUGGUUGCAGCAGAAAAUAUUGCUGAAACAAGUCAAUAUUUACCGGCUAUUAAAGUACUUGUACAGUGUUGCACACAGUUAAAUGUAUACUGUCAAUAA